AUGGAUGAACCUGAGCCCAUGGAUCUGAGCGAGCCGGAGUCAGAGCCCAAAGACACCAUCACAAGGAGGAAGCAGCUGCUCAUGGUGGAGACUGUACGGGAAAUGAAGCUGACUUCCAUGGAGAUCCAAAGGGUAACGCCUUGCUAUCACGUUUUGACCGGCCUUGGUAGAGUCUUGAGGAGGAACGAAGCCCGGAGCUAUUACCACUUGAGCGAACCCAAGGCCAAGAUCCCGCAAUUUGUGUCGCAUAGUUGGCACGGUGGGUCUUGGAAGAAGAUCGCGAUGCUUUUGGUCAUGAAGAAUGGGCCAGCCGCUGUGCUGACUGGAAGCUUCUUCGCGUUUGUGAUGGUGACCCUCAGUAGCCUGGGAAUGUUGCCGGGCUAUGAACGACGACCUGUGACUGAAAUGGAUAGGACUUACGUCUUUGCUCCAUGGGGCAGUUGCACCGGCAUGCUGGUGGCCACCGUUGUGCUGAUCUUGGGCCGUCCGCGUGGUUUGGUUUUCCUGGACAAGAUUUGCAUACAUCAAACUGAUAAGUCUCUGACUCUGCAAGGAAUUAUCAACAUCGGUGCUUUCUUGAAGAAUUCCCAAUCUAUGCUUGUUCUUUGGGAUGUCACAUACGUUGAGAGGCUGUGGUGCAUGUUUGAAUUGGCAGCCUUCCUGAAGAGUUGCGAAGGUGGAAGAGUUAAGCUGGACAUCAAGCCCACAAUUUUGGGCCCAAUGACAAUUCUAUGUUUUGUUUGCAUGUUUGUGCUGCUGUUAGUCCAAAUUCCAAGUACAUGGGACAACCGACUUCAUGGUCUCUUCAUAUGGGGAGGGAUCAAUUGCAUAACGAUGCUGGGGGCGGUACACUUUUGGCGGACCUUCUACAGGCAGUUUGACAGCAUGAAGACACAGCUGCAGCACUUCAGUAUCGAUCACACUACGGCAAGCUGCUGUCAGGUAGGUCAUGUCGAUCAAAAGGGUCGCAGAAUACCUUGUGACAAGGAAACUCUCGUCGAAUGCAUCAAGCACUGGUUUGGUUCCGUUGAAGAGUUUGAGCAGACGGUCAGAACCAAUGUGGCAGCCACACUAACUGCAGGAAUAGGUAAUCUGGCAUUUCCUUACAAAUACUUGCUCGCAGCUGGAACGCCCACCCUGUGGGGACAAGCUGACUUUGUGGCUUCACGUUUGAGGGAGGGAGAAUUUUACCAUGCCGGUGCCACGGCCAUUUUUGGUUUGGCACAUUGGUUUGGUGCGAUUCCCUUCAUUUUUGCCGUGGGGGCGCUUCUCAACUAUGGUCUCCGCCGGAGAUACCGUCCAUGCGUUGAUGCCGCAAUCCCAUUCUUUGUCACUGCCGUCCUGUGCCUUGUGGCUGGUGCCGGUAUCUAUGGCUUGCAGAUUGGAUUGCUUGCCAUUUUCGAAAACAUGGUGGCGGCCUCACUCUGGGCAACAACCUGCACGAUUUUGGCUAUCGUCAUUGUUCUUGGGGCGCCGCGCGGAACAGUGAGAGCACCGAAGAUCGGCGAUGAAUGA